CAGCUCUUACUUGAUAAGCAUUAGCAGUCAAUCUAAUCUUCUCUACUUUCUGUGCGUUUUAGAUUCAUAUUUGAAUAUGGAGUACAAGCUUGCUGUGGCAGGAAUUAUAGCUUCUCUCUGGGCAUUAUUUAUGUUAUGUAGCUUAAAACGAAAGAAGAAUAUCACCAGAGCUUUAUUUAACAACUACACAGAUGAAACCUUGAGCAAAGAAAUAUGCCAGCCUGAGAUAGUUGCUUCUCCUGAUAUAAUCAUUGUUGGGGCUGGUGUUGCUGGUGCAGCUCUUGCUUAUGCUCUUGGCAAGGAUGGACGCCAAGUACAUGUAAUUGAGAGAGACUUAAGUGAGCCUGACAGAAUUGUUGGUGAGCUACUACAGCCUGGUGGCUAUCUGAAACUGAUUGAAUUGGGUCUUGAAGAUUGUGUAGAAAAGAUUGAUGCACAGCAAGUUUUUGGGUAUGCUAUAUUCAAGGACGGGAAAAGUACCAAGUUAUCUUAUCCCUUGGAUGGAUUUCAGACAAAUGUGUCCGGAAGAAGCUUUCACAAUGGUCGUUUUAUACAAAGAAUGAGGGAGAAAGCUACAUCUCUUCCCAAUCUAAUUUUGCAGCAAGGAACAGUGACAUCACUUGUAGAGAAAAAAGGAACUGUAAAAGGGGUAAACUACAGAACUAGAAAUGGUCAGGAGAUGACAGCAUAUGCUCCCCUUACAAUUGUCUGUGAUGGUUGUUUUUCAAACUUGCGCCGCUCUCUUUGCAACCCCAAGGUUGAGAUCCCCUCUUGUUUUGUGGCUUUGGUGCUAGAGAACUGUGACCUUCCCUACGCAAAUCAUGGACAUGUAAUUCUAGCUGAUCCAUCACCUAUCCUGUUUUAUCCUAUAAGCAGCACUGAAGUUCGUUGUUUAGUUGACAUACCAGGCCAAAAAGUACCCUCCAUUUCUAAUGGAGAAUUGGCUCAAUAUCUGAAAAGCACUGUGGCUAAGCAGAUCCCUUCUGAGCUACAUGAUGCAUUCAUAUCUGCAAUUGAAAAAGGAAACAUAAGAACAAUGCCAAACAGAAGCAUGCCAGCGUCUCCUCAUCCAACUCCAGGUGCGCUUCUGGUGGGUGAUGCAUUCAACAUGCGACACCCUUUAACUGGAGGAGGAAUGACGGUGGCACUUUCUGAUAUAGUUCUAUUACGAAACCUUCUUAGACCUCUGGAAAAUCUAAAUGAUGCUUCUGUCCUUUGCAAAUAUCUCGAAUCAUUUUAUAUUCUUCGAAAGCCAAUGGCAUCCACCAUAAAUACAUUAGCAGGUGCCCUUUACAAGGUUUUUUCUGCAUCAACUGAUCGAGCAAGAAGUGAAAUGCGACAAGCAUGUUUCGACUAUCUGAGCCUUGGAGGUGUAUUUUCAAAUGGACCCAUAGCUCUACUCUCUGGUCUAAAUCCUCGGCCAUUGAACCUAGUCCUACAUUUCUUUGCUGUGGCUGUCUAUGGAGUUGGCCGCUUAAUACUUCCAUUCCCUUCACCUAAAAGCAUUUGGGAUGGAGUUAAAUUGAUUUCGGGGGCAUCAAGUGUCAUUUUUCCUAUAAUGAAGGCAGAAGGAAUUGGACAGAUAUUCUUCCCAGUAACCAAGCCUCCAAAUCACAAAAGCCAAACUUGGUAGAAAAACCAGAACAUUUUUGCAGGUUAAGCAGGAUACUCUUGUACAAAUUUGAAAUCAAUAGCUUCAUGGAAAUUGGUUCUUUUAUGUAUUCAAUCUUAGAAUUCAUUCUUUAAUCAUCAGGACAAAUUUUCUUUGUACUUUUCUGAGAUUUAUAUAUGUUAUUCCGAAGAAAUUGAAAUCAAUGUAAAUGUUAUUCCAAAAUCAGAAUUUAUGAUUAUACUCACCAUUACACAUAAGAUUGAACCAAGAUCUUGCUACUAAUAAAAAUAAAUAAUAUAUGCUUUCUUUUGAACAAAAAAUAAAUACAAUAUGCUUGUCGUACUAGUAUUAAUGAAAUUACUUUAUAAUAUUAAAAAUAAAAUAGU